UCUCACCUCUUGGUUCUUAGGGAAAAACACAUUCUCUAAGUGUUUAUCUCCUCUCUGUUCCUAACUCAUUUCUCUUAUACACAAACACUAAUCUCUGACAUCUUUUUCAUCCUCAAAGAUCAUAAAUAACCCCAAAUUUUGUUUAGUUUUUCUUGUCUUAAAACCUUAAAAGACAAAUUAAGAUGGGAUUAAGGAUGUCAGAAUCAGCUAAACCUUACUUUACAAUGGUUUGCCUUCAAUUCGGAUACGCCGGUAUGAACCUGCUCUCUAAAGCCGUCCUUGACCGCGGUAUGAGCCAUUACGUUCUUGUUUCAUACCGCAACGCUUUUGCCACAGCCGCGAUGGCACCUUUUGCAUUUCUCUCGGAAAGGAAAGUGAGGUCAAAGAUGACGUUUUCAAUAUUCAUGCACAUAUUUGUUCUUGCUCUUCUUGGGCCUGUUAUUGAUCAGAACCUAUAUUACAUCGGUCUGAAACUCACAUCUCCGACGUUUUCAUCGGCCGUCAGUAACAUUAUGCCGGCAAUUAUCUUUAUCCUCGCCACUCUUUUCAGGAUGGAGAAAGUGGAGAUGAGAAAAGUAAGAUGCCAAGUGAAAGUGGUGGGGACUUUAGUGACAGUGGUUGGAUCCAUAUUGGUGAUAUUAUACAAAGGCCCUUUCAUCAAUUUCUUCCGAUCUCACCUCACCACCACCACCUCUUCGCCGCUAGCCGGUGAUUAUCUUAAAGCCACCAUCUUCCUCCUUGUCGCCUCCCUCUCAUGGGCUUCGUUCUUCAUUCUUCAGGCAUCGACAUUGAAGAAAUACUCAGCCCAUCUUUCGUUAUCAACCAUGGUGUGUUUCAUGGGAACAUUACAAUCCUUAGCCCUUACCUUCGUAAUGGAGCACGAUACUUCUGCUUUGAGCAUUGGUUUUGACAUGAACCUUCUAGCUUCUGCCUAUGCGGGAAUAAUGUCGUCGAGCAUAGCUUACUACGUUCAAGGACUUAUGAUGCAGCGAAAGGGGCCUAUCUUCGUCACUGCUUUUAACCCUCUUAUCGUUGUCAUUGUCUCCAUAAUGAGUUUCUUUGUUCUUGGUCAAGGAAUCUACCUUGGAGGAGUCAUUGGAGUUGUUGUCUUGACAACAGGGGUCUAUGCUGUGUUGUGGGGAAAGCACUUAGACGAUGUCGGUGAAGUACUAUACCGUGAAGAUAACAUAGUUGUAGAAGCCAUUGAGUGUUGUAGUGGCAAUAAUGGUCUCUCAAUAAUGCCUAAAAUUGAUGAAGGAGAUGAGGAUGUUGAAACCGGGAAAUCUCAGGCGGCAGCAAAGGAAUCAUCGUUGGUGGUUGUGGUUUUUUGUAGUGAAAAUGUGAAUAAUGAUUCACAAUGCUAAUUAGAUGGUUUUGUUUGAGGCGAAUGGGAGAAGAGUAACUUAUUUUUGAUACUUAGUGUGAAUUUCUUCCCCAGCUUCAGAAGUUCUAUUUAUAGCUUUGACUCUCUAGAGUAACCAGUGAUUUAAUGUACCAUCCAUCUUGAUCUUUAACUAGUUAUAAGUCUAUGUAAAACACUGCAUUUGGUAAACAAAUCCAAUUUCUGCAUACCAUUAUGAUAUGGAUUUAUUGAAGGUAUAUUAGAAAGUAUAUUUCUUCCUUUUGCACGUUUCAUGCUAACUGUUGGUUUACAA